AAACAAACCCCCUCUAGCCCUCGUCCGUCCGUAGCCGCUUUGGCCCAAGCGAGCCGCGUUUCGGGGGGCCCUCGUGCGCGCUUCGGAUGCCCGCGUCGCGGCGCACAAUCGGCCAGGGAUGCAGGCCCGUGCAUGGGCGGCGGCCAGCGCGCUGGCUCGGCGUCUCCGCCGACGGCGCCGGGCUGAGCUGUGCUGUGCGCGGGCCGAGUCGCUUGCCCUGCACAUGAAGAUAUUCCGAUGCUCGAUCGAUCGCGGAUCACUGGCGGCUGAGAGACCCCUCGUGUUGUCACUUCUCGUCCUCGGGGGACGUGGUGGCGGCCGCGCGGCUGCUGACCGGGAUGUCGUUGUAGUUGUCGACGUGGAGGAGACGAUGGUCACGGACAAGUGGGCCAGGCAUCGUGCACGCCGUGGCCUGGUUCAUCAAGAACCCCGCCUUCGCCUAGCCGCAUUCCGGGCAUCUGACUACCAGGAGUUCCACUUCGGCCUCUUCGGUGGCGCCUUCGGGACGACGGAGGCGCUCCUUGAGGCUCUUGCGAGCGAGGGGUACAACAAGAUGCAGAGCUAUGACCCUACUCAGGAUGCGUUGCUGGACGACGAUGUGGUGUCCGUUCAGUCCGAGGCGCUGCGCGUGCAGCCCAAGGCCGAGUCCGUAGUGUCGGGGCCGGCGCUUGUCGCGAGCUUGCUGAGUGCCCAGUCUGUCGAGUCCCAGACGGAUUCGACGAGUAGGCGAACGCGCUGGACAAGGAUUGCGCUCUUGACCAAGCGCGAGUCCGGGGACGACGUGGUCGUCUUCAGUGAGGAGGGAGGGCGAGGACGGCGAUAGCAUCGAGACGGGCGGGAGCUUCGACGACGAGGAGCUGGGGGCCGAUGAGUUCUUACUAGACUCGGCGGGCCUGUUCGGCGGCAUCGGGGAGAUGCCGGCGGUCGACAGCGCCCAGUUUGUCGAGGCAGGCUCCGACGACAUCUUCGGUGAGAUGAAGGAGUACGGUACGGACUCAGAUCAGAAGGACUAAGACACGCCCGACGCGUUUGGCGACGAAGUGGACGUACAGGCGAGGUGCGCACUACCAUGGAUGGCCCCGCCCCCCUGCGAAUUGAAACGAAGUUGCGAAAGAUCUGGCGUCCAAGUCUUGGUGGCCGUGAUUCCUCAGCUUCUGCUCGUGGAACGGGCUGGGCCGCGCGCGGGCGCAUCGGCGGCGGCUCGUCCGAGAGCGGGCGGGGCCGCGGGACGGCCGCGUCGAGGUCAUCCACUCAUUGGCGUGCGAUCCACCCUUCUUCCUCGAUCCUCCAUUCUCUU